AGAUUCCUCUUACUAUGAUUCCACGAUGUAUGAAUGUACGAACUGUGGAAUGGGGUGCUGGAAAUGUGCGGGAAACGAGGAAAAAACUGUCACUGUGGUGGUUUUUAAACGUAAAGAUGAUUGA